AUGAUACUGCGGCAGGAGGCCAGCACUGGCCUGGCUGGCAAAAGUGCUUCUUCCCCCGCCCCUUCCCCCCGGUCUGUCCUGKUCGAGAACGCCAAGGAGGCAGAGGAGGACAGCUCGGAGCAGCCCCUCCCGCUGCGGGAGACGCCCCGUCCAGAGGCGCCCGCUCCGCUCUCGGCGGCAGGCGCUGAACCGCGGCACCCCGCGCUGCUGCCGCUGCUGCUGCCGCUGCUGCCGCUGCUAUUGCCCGGCCGAGCCGCCGGCCUGGAGGUGCAGCGCAAGUUCCUCUCGCCCACCCUCACCAACAACUUCGCGCUGGACGGCCCCGGCUCCCGCGUCUACCUGGCGGCCGUGAACCGGCUGUUCCAGCUGUCGGGGGGUGAGCUGUCGCUGGAGGCGGAGGCGGCGGUGGGGCCGGUGCUGGACAGCCCGCUGUGCCAUGCGCCGCAGCUGCCGCAGGCCUCCUGCGAGCACCCCAGGGUGCUCACCAACAACUACAACAAGAUCCUGCAGCCCGACCCGGAGCAGGGCGUCCUUGUCGUCUGCGGCUCCAUCUACCAAGGCCUCUGCCAGCUGCGCAGCAUGGCCAACAUCUCGGCAGUGGCCGUGCGCUUCCCGCCGGGUGGCAGCGACUCUGUCACGGUCUUCCCUAGCAUGCUGAACGUGGCGGCCAACCACCCCAACGCCUCCACCGUGGGGCUGGUGCUGCGCCGUGGCGGCGGCGGCGGGGCGCGSCUGCUGGUGGCCGCCACCUACACCGGCUUCGGCAGCCCCUUCUUCCCCCGCAACCGCAGCCUGGAAGACCACCGGUUCGAGAACACGCCCGAGAUCGCCAUCCGCGCCCUCAACGCCCGCGGCGACCUGGCCAAGCUUUUCACCUUCGACAUCAACCCCUCCGACGACAACAUCCUCAAGAUCAAGCAGGGCGCCAAGGCGCGGCACAAGCUCAGCUUCGUCCGCGCCUUCUUGCAGCGCGGAGCCGCGCCGCCCGCCCGCCGCCCCUACGCCUACCUGGCGCUCAACAGCGAGGCCAACGCGGGCGACAAGGAGAGCCCGGCGCACAGCCUGCUGGCCCGCAUCUGCCUGGGGGAGCCGGCCGAGGCCACCCUUAACGGCAGCGGCGAGACCAAGAAGCUGACCGAGUCCUACAUCCAGCUGGGGCUGCGCUGCGGCGGCGCCGCCGACGCCUUCACCCGCCUGGUGUCGGUGUUCCCGGCGCGGGCAGCUUGGCGCAGCCCCGCUGCUGCUGACAGCCCGGCCCCGGCCCCGGCCCCGGCCCCGGCCCCGCCGCCCCCCGAGGAGCUGCUCUUCGGCGUCUUCGAGCGGGCCGGAGCCGGCGGCGCUCGGGGGCGGCCGCAGUCCGCGCUCUGCGUCUUCCGCUUCGCCGAGAUCGAGGAGACGAUCCGGGCCGCCCGCAACUCGUGCUUCGUCAGCCCGGCCGCGGGCAUGGUCACRGUCCUGGACAGCGUGGUGCAGGGCACCGGCCCGGCCUGCGAGAAGAGGAACAUACAGCUGCAGCCAGAGCAGUUGGACUGUGGAGCCGCACACCUUCAGCACCCGCUGGCCAUYGUGAACCCGGUCACAGCCACCCCCAUCUUCACCCACAGCGGCCUGAGCGCGGUGGCAGUGGCCAGUGUCAACAACUACACCGUGGUGUUCCUGGGCACGGCCACUGGAGCACUCCUGAAGCUUAACCUGGACAGUAGGAUGARGGUUGUUAGCAGGAGAUCCAUUUCGGUGGCGUAUGGAGAGCCUGUCCAUCCCAUCAUGCAGUUUGACCCUUCUGAUUCCACCUACCUCUACCUGAUGACCUCUUACCAGAUGGCCCGGGUGAAGGUGGCUGCCUGCAGUCAGUACUCGACGUGCCCCGAGUGCCUGGCGGCCGCUGAUGCCUACUGUGGCUGGUGCACCAUGGAGACCAGGUGCUCUCUGCAGCACGAGUGCACCAACUUCACAGGAGCCAAUUUCUGGGCGAGUGCGAGUGAAGGAGUGCAGCAGUGCCCCUCCAUGAGCAUCCUGGAGCCCGAGAUCAACAUCGACAAAGAGAAUCCGGUGCGUUUGGUGCCAGUGCCAAAUCACUCCCUGCACUGUCUGUCAAGGGGCUCUUGCAACCCAAUAUUCCUUGGCUUGAUUUUCUCAGACCACGUGAUUGUUGAAACUUCUCUCCGGGUCAACAACAAAAACAUUAUCCGGGCCAAUUUCACCAUCUAUGAUUGCAAAAGGAUUGGAACCAUUUACCCAAAGAGAGCGUGCACCAGCUGCCUSUCGGCCCGGUGGAAGUGUCACUGGUGCCCCUCUGCCUACAGCUGCAUCUCCAACCAGUCCCAGUGUGCUGAUGUGCUGCAGAUGCAGCAGAGGAAAGUUGACUGUCCUCGAAUCGUACCUGUGCCCUUGGAGCCAAUGCCCACUGGUGUAUCUCGGGACAUCACCAUCUCAUUGGCCAGUGCAACUUUCUCCAAGGACACAGCUCUGGAGUGCCAUUUUGGGACAGACAGGACGUUUGAAGCGCGGUGGGUGAACUCCUCUGCCGUGGAGUGUGUCCAUGUGCUGCUCCACACAUCAGAAAAAAGCCAUCACUUCCCAGUGAACCUCCAGCUGAAGGACAGACCAGACAGAUUUAUCGACAGUCCGGAGAUGAUGACAGUGGAGGUGUACAACUGUGCCAGCGGCAGCRCCGACUGCUCCCAGUGCCUGGCCAGGGAGGACCUGGGCCACCGCUGCCUCUGGAGCCCCAGCAGCUCCGGCUGCCGGCUGCACAGCGAGCCCCUGCAGCCCCCCGAGCUCUGCCCACCGCCYGAGAUACAGAAGAUCGAGCCGCUGCGAGGGCCCCUGGAGGGGGGGACGCUGCUGACCAUCCGCGGGAGGAACCUGGGCCGCCGCUUCAGCGACAUCGCCGUGCGCGUGGGCAGCGUGCUGUGUGCCCCCCUGCGCCACAGAUACGAGGUGUCUGAGAUGAUCGUGUGCCGCACCGGGGAGGCUCCGGAGCCCUUUUCGGAUGUGGUCACGGUGAACGUGAGCCGGGAAGGGCGGUCCAGGGAGCGAUAUUCCUACGUGCUUCCCGUGGUGCAGUCCAUAGCUCCCCCGAAUGGCCCGAAGGCAGGAGGGACCAGAGUGACCAUCAGAGGUGUCCGGCUGGACGUGGGCUCAGAGCUCCGUGUGCUCAUCAACUCCUCCAAGGAGUGCACUGAGCUCAGCCGCAGUGACAGCUCCAUCAGCUGCACCAUGCCCGCGGCAGAGCUCACCAUGGCCGUGCCAGUCUGCGUGCAGUUCGACAACAGGUCUUGUGCCAGCCACAACAUCACCUUCAAUUACGAGAAGAACCCGGUUAUAUCAGACAUCAACCCCAAAAAGAGCCAGAUCAGYGGAGGCAGGAUCAUCACCCUGGAAGGAAGAGGCUUUGGGCUGGUGCAGAACGUGUCCAUGGCUGUGCGUGGCAUCGGCAGAGAGCACACGCGCUGUAAGGUUCACACUGACACUGCCAUCACCUGCCCCUCCCCAGCUGCCUCCAAUGUCACGGUGGGCAGCAARCCAGCCCCCGUGGAUUUCUACCUGAACGGGCGCCUGUACACGGACGAGCGCUCGGCUCUGGACGAGGAGCUGUCCCCCGAGGAGGCUCUGCACAUCAGCAGCUUCAGCCUGGGCUACUACGCCGACCCCCAGUUCUCCACGGCCAAGAAGGAGAAGUGGAUCAAGCACCACCCCGGCGAGCCCCUGACCCUGGUCAUACACAAAGAGCCUGACAGCCUGGGCCUGGAGAGCAAUGAGUACCAGGUGAAAAUCGGCCUGAUCUCGUGUGAGAUUCAGAUUGUGUCAGACAGAGUCAUCCACUGCUCCAUCAACGAGUCGCUGAGCACGUCGGAGAGGCAGUUACCUGUGACGAUCCAAGUUGGGAAGUUCAAYUACACGAUUGCCAUGCUGCACCUGGGGGGAGGAGAGACUGCCAUCAUUGUGUCCAUUGUCAUCUGCAGCAUCCUGCUGGUCCUGUCUGUCGUAGCUCUCUUUGUGUUCUGCACAAAGAGCCGCAGAGCCGAGCGCUAUUGGCAGAAAACGCUGCUCCAGAUGGAGGAGAUGGAGUCGCAGAUCCGCGAGGAGAUCCGCAAAGGUUUUGCAGAGCUGCAGACAGACAUGACAGACCUGACCAAGGAGCUCAACCGCAGCCAGGGCAUCCCCUUCCUGGAGUAYAAGCACUUUGUCACCAGGACAUUCUUCCCCAAAUGUUCCUCCCUGUACGAGGAGUGYUACAUCCUGCCCUCGCAGCAGCUCAGCUCCCAGCUGCAGGAAACACAUCCCCUCCUGGUGGGGGAAUGGAAGAUCCCUGAGAACUGCAGACCCAACAUGGAAGAAGGAAUUUCUCUGUUCUCCACAUUACUCAACAACAAGCACUUCCUCAUCGUGUUUGUCCAUGCUCUGGAGCAACAGAAGGACUUUGCUGUCAGAGACAGGUGUAACUUGGCCUCCCUGCUUACUAUUGCAUUGCAUGGGAAACUGGAGUACUACACUAGCAUCAUGAAGGACCUCUUGGUGGACCUAAUAGAUGCUUCAGCUUCCAAAAAUCCCAAGCUGAUGCUGAGGAGGACAGAGUCUGUAGUGGAGAAGAUGCUGACCAACUGGAUGUCCAUCUGCAUGUACAGCUAUCUCAGAGAAACYGUUGGAGAGCCCUUCUUCCUGCUGAUCUGUGCCAUCAAACAGCAGAUUAACAAGGGCUCCAUCGAUGCCAUUACAGGGAAGGCCAGGUACACCCUCAAUGAGGAGUGGCUGCUGMGGGAGAACAUAGAGGCAAAGCCAAGGAACCUCAACGUGUCCUUCCAAGGCUGUGGGAUGGAUUCCCUGAGCGUCAGAGCCAUGGACACAGACACACUCAGUCAAGUGAAGGAGAAAAUUCUGGAGGCCUUCUGCAAGAACGUCCCCUACUCGCAGUGGCCAAGAGUGGAAGAUGUUGACCUCGAGUGGUUUGCCACCAGCACUGACAGCUACAUCCUGCGGGACCUCGAUGACACCUCGGUGGUGGAGGAUGGCAGGAAGAAACUCAACACUUURGCACAUUACAAGAUCCCUGAAGGGGCAUCCCUGGCUAUGAGUUUGACAGACAAGAAGGACACCACGCUGAGCAGAGUGAAGGAUUUGGACACKGAGAAGUACUUCCACUUGGUUCUCCCCACAGAUGAAUCAGUGGAACAUAAGAAAUCCCACAGACAGAGCCAUCGGAAGAAAGUCCUUCCCGAGAUUUACCUGACCCGGCUGCUCUCCACCAAGGGCACACUCCAGAAGUUCCUGGAUGAUUUGUUCAAAGCCAUUCUCAGUAUCCGAGAUGAUAAACCGCCUGUGGCUGUCAAGUAUUUCUUUGACUUCCUAGAGGAGCAGGCAGAGAAGAGAGGGAUCACAGACCCUGACACUCUGCACAUCUGGAAAACCAACAGUCUGCCGCUGAGGUUUUGGGUGAACAUCCUGAAGAACCCGCAGUUUGUGUUUGACAUAGACAAGACAGAUCACAUCGACGCCUGUCUGUCYGUGAUUGCCCAGGCCUUCAUCGAUGCCUGCUCGCUCUCGGACCUGCAGCUGGGCAAGGACUCCCCGACCAACAAACUGCUGUACGCCAAGGAGAUCCCUGAGUACCGGAAGAUAGUGCAGAGAUACUACAAGCAAAUCCACGACAUGCCCCCGCUGAGUGAGCAGGAGAUGAAUGCCCACCUGGCGGAGGAGUCACGGAAAUACCGAAAUGAGUUCAACACCAAUGUCGCCAUGGCUGAGAUAUACAAAUACGCCAAGAGAUACCGCUCCCAGAUCGUGGCCGCCCUGGACGCAAACCCCACCACAAAGCGCACCCAGCUCCAGCACAAAUUUGAGCAGGUGAUUGCGCUCAUGGAGGACAACAUCUAUGAGUGCUGCAGUGAAGCCUAGGCCGGCUGCAGCCCUGGAAGUGACCUUUGUUGCAGCACAGUGCCACUGGAAAGCUGCCCUCAGCCACAGGCACACCUUGGUCAUCUUCAAACCAGCCUUGUGGACGGGGUGGGCCUGCCCAUGGCUGGAAGUUUCCGUCACCUCAAAAGAAGCCACAAGACCUUUCCGAGCAGCUAAAACUCCUCUGGUCUGCACUGUGGCACCCAUAAUUUAUUUGCUGCUGCCAGCCAGAAAUGGAGGCAUGACACCUGUGGCAAGCUCAGUCCACACUUUCCCCCUGGUCAGCACCCAAGCAGUCAGCACUCGGAGCAUCCCUGUGCGUGGUUCCUCAGGACAAGGGAUGAGGCUGCAGCAGCUGCAACAACAGACACAAAGCAGAAGGGUUGCCUCAGGRAUAAUGACCACAGACAGCAAAGACUAUCAUAGCCUGAGCUCCCUUCCUCUCCAUCCUUCCAACAUCCUUGUUUUUACAACACCAGGGACUCAUCAGCUGUUCACUGUCUGCUGCAUUCUGUGUAUUUUUGUGCCUUUUAAUUUUUGUACUGUAUGUGUAAACAUAACCACUCCUGCAUCUGAGAUUUGGGCAACACGGGGAACUUGGGGCCGAGACAAAGCAGUUGCUUCCCAAGCAGCUAAGGCAUGGAGAAAGCACUUUAUCCCCGAUGAGACAGCUGUUUGGAGGGAGCCCAGGCUGUGUUAGCAUCACAAGGGCUGUUCUGCAUUUCCUGGGUUCCUGUCUCUUGUGCGUGGCAAGCUGGAGGUGCAGUGGGUAGGUGAACAUGSCAGCAGCCAGCUGAUCAGAGUCACAGUGCCAGACUGGAGGGAGCUGCUGAAGGAGGGACUGUGUCCCUCACUCCUGGCCCUGCCAGGCUGGCUGUGCACGUGUCCAUGGCACUGGCUCACCUCAAGCCACACUCAGGGCAACCAACAGACAGCACUGCCUGUCCCUGUGGCCAUCACCAAACACGAGGUCAGUGCUGCACGGGUGUCCCCUGAACCAGUUUAUUCUGCUGGCUGUGGGCCCAGCCCCGUGGCUGGCACCUGAGAAAAGCUCAGAGAGUUGGGCCUGGCUGCAUGGCCAGCCUGUGUCCAGCCCUUAAAGGGGGGGACUGGACCCAAACCUGGCAGCUCAGCACUGACCCAGGCCACAGAGCACCUCAGCACCCACGCUGCAGAGCAGGGUGGAGGGUCCCAGCUCAGGCUGGCUCAGUGGAAGGGUCCCCCUGGCAGACAAGUGGAGCUUGCCCAAGGCUGGACACCCAGUGCCACCCACAGCACCUGCACUGGGGCAGCUCCAGCCCAGCCUGGUGGCCCAUUGUCCUGCCUGCAGCCCGGGCUAUGACUGCUCUGGGCUGCAGACAGGCACAGGCUGCACUCACCUCCACCACUGUUCAACCCAGCAUUCCUGCAGGGACAGGCUCCUGCCCACAGUGACCCACCGGUUCUGCCCAUAGGAACGAACCUAAGUUACUACCUCACUGCAGGAGGAUGAAAGGGAAGCCUUCCUGAGUCAUCCARCUGGCUGGGCUGCAGCUUGGUGUUUGAUGACUUUGUCCAACAGCACUCCUGGGUGAUUCACUGCCAUGGACAGGUGGUCUCCAUUCCAUCAUUUCCAGUAAUGCCACAUUUGUCAGAAACCAGAACAUCAGAGUUGUGUAUGUGUACAUAGAUAUCUAUUUUAAAACAAACAAUAGUCUUUAUCCAAUAUGUUAAAAAGUGGGGAGGGAGGGGAGGGAAAGGGGAAGAAUAGAGGUUUUUUUUUAAAGAGAACUACAGAAAAAGUACUUACACUGUGGAGGUCUCAAUGUCUUUGCUGAGGAUGUGGCUUCAGAAUAGAAACUCUAAGAAUGUAGCUGGGCUACAUUUUAUUUUGAAAGUGAUUUCACAAAAAUUUCUUGAUGUUUUUUUUUUUCUUUUARAAACUGUGAAUAGCUGCCAGAGAUGUAGGCAGGCCCAGCACAGGAAAGGUCAGGGCAAGAAGGACGGAGGUAGCAGAGAGCACUGAUCUUGGCUGGUGGUAGGGAAAGGGCCAUGGAGCUAUAGCCUCAUGUUGUUUCUUGCAGGGAAAGGAUACAGGUGAGCCAAGAGUAAGCAGAGUUUGCCUCCAGGUGCUGUGACUGGGCCAUAUAUUGGGGCUAUUGCUUUAUUAUUUAAUUUUUUCCAAAGCCAAAAAAAAAAGAAAACAAGAAGUAGUUGCUACAGCCAUUUAAAGGAGCAACUUUAACAGUAAAUAUCGAGGGUUUGUAGUGUUGCCUGAACCUUCAAGCCCUUUGUAACAUGUUUUUAAACUUUGGCACGUGUUGUGGGUGUAGUGCCCUUACCUGCUGUGUAGUGGAAGUGGCAGACUCCUGGCAAAGCCUAUCUUUGUAAUAAAACAAGGUGCUGAACCUGUGGAGUGCAGUUCCUGCCGUGCAUGU